CUCAAGUCGGAAAUUUGGAUCGCGAGCACACCAUGUCGACGACGACGGCCUACGACGUCCUCGAGGUCGAGAACGACCGGUCCUACCGCGGCUGCAAGAAGGCCGAGCGCGUCCUCGUGACCCUCAAGGGGCCGUCGACGAGCCCCUUGGCGGCGACCGUCUGCAUGGGAGACGGGUCCAGCAACCUCCACACCUUUACGACAACCUUGCCAUCGACCACGUCGUCCGAGCCUAUUGCUCUGCGCUUCCAGCAGCAAUCGAAGAGGGUCUACCACGAUAGCACCCAGCUGCUCGACGCUUGGGGCGUCGGCGUGACGAUUGUCGAUGGCAAGCUCGCGCUGGUGGCGCUUCCGCUGCCCAAGGACGCGGCCGCCACGCCCUUGGACGAGACGAAAGGCGCCGUCUUCUUCUCGGCGCACGAGCAGUCCGGGACCUUGGUUUGUGCGACGAAGCAGCACUCGCUCCUCGUGUACGAUUGGAUUCCGAAGAACGCCAAGCUCCUUCCACGCUCGACGCACGAGGUGCCAGACAAGCCAAGCACACUCCAGAGCGUGCUUUGCCUCUCGAGCGACAUGGCCGUUCUCAUCUACAAGCGCAAGACGACGCUCUUCCAUCUCGACACGGGGCGAUCCCUUGAUCUUCCUCCCGACUGCCGCGACCCCGUCCUCGGGGCCGUCCGCCUUCCGGGUCUCGUGCCAUCCCAGGACGAUUUUUUUGUUUUCUGGCGUACGCACGGAAUUGCCCUGCGCUACGACCGCUCCGAGUACGCUGUCGUGACGACGGGGGCGCCGGUGCCAUGGCCGGCAGGCGCGGGUCCGCCCAAGGCCGUUCUCGGGCACCACCCCUUCCUCCUCAUCGCGUACGCCGAACACGUAGACGUGCUUCUCUCCUUCCAGAUCGUCCAAAGCGUCGCGAUCAAGGGAGCACUGCUCCUCGCCCCGCUCCUCUCUCAAGCGCAGACCGUCUCGGUGACCGCGCCUCCGACGGUCCUCGUUGCGACGGGGCCUGUUGCCUUUGCCGCGCUGCGCAUGAGACCGCUAAGCGACCAGCUUCGCUUGCAUUUGGACGCCGGGCGGUAUCAGGAAGCGAUUGACCUCUGCCGUCUCUGCCCCGUCGAGUGCCACCUUUCGGCGGACGAGCUUCGGCGCAUUCACCUCCAGCUCGCGCUGCAGCAGUUUGAACGCCACGAGUUCCGUCGCGCGAUGGACAACUUUCUCGCAAGCCACGUGCCCGCCGAGGAGGUCCUCGCCCUUUUUCCAGAUGAGCUCUUGCCGCGCAGCCGGCAUCGACUGGCGCUGGCGACGUUGCCGCGGCCCUCGGUAGCGCUCGCCGGCGAGACACUCAGCGCGGCGCUUAGCGCCCUUGUGCAGUUUCUCGUGGCGUACCGCACGCUGCCUCGGCAAGGGCUGGCCAAGGUCCAGUACGACGACGUGGCGUCGCUGGUCGACACGGUCUUGCUCAAGGCGUACGUUCUCACAAACGAUGCGGCGCUCACAGCGUUCUGCGGCACGUCGCCAAGCGCCGCGGAUGUCGGCGAAGCCGAAGUGUUUUUGCGCGCGCAUGCCAAGUGGCCGGCGCUCCUUGCGUUCUACAAAACGCAGCGUCUGCACCGUAAAGGUCUCGAGCUCCUCGAAGAGCUCCAGGCCAGCUCCAAGAAGGACCCGCGUCGCGAGAUGGUGGCGUACCUCAAGACACUCUCGGAGGCGCCGCUCGUGUUUGAGUUUUCCAAGCCGGUGCUCCAGUCGGCGCCGGCGCUCGGGCUCUCGAUCUUUACGCACCGGCUCGUGCCGCCGACCGAGGUUGACAUUGACCCGCAUUUGAUUGUGGACCACCUCAAGUCGAUCGAGGUCAGCUCGAACGCCAAGCAAGACGAGAACGGCGGCGACGACGAGAUGCCGCUUGACGACGGCCGCGCGCUCGCGAUCGCGUACCUCCACCAAGUCAUUUACGCCAACGGAAGCAGGGUGCCAUCGACGCUCCACGACGAGCUCGUGUACCUACUUCUCGACGCAAUCAACCACCACGUGAGCCUUCUGCUCAAGAAGAAGCGCGACCAGCAGUCACUCAUCGUCUUUCACACGCGCGUGCGCAUGCAGAAAGGGCGUCUUGGCGCGCUGCGGCGACAGCUCUUGGCGUUUCUGCAGUCGCCGCUGAGCCAGCACCACCCUGAGCGCCUCCUGAGCCGCACGCCGAUGGAGAUGAUCGAAGAGCGCGCGGUGCUUCUCGCCAACAUGGGUCGCCACGAAGAGGUGCUUCGGCUGUAUCUGCAUGAGAUCAAGGACGCGGCCGUCGCGGAGGCCUACUGCAACGACGUGUACGCCUCCAAAGUCGGCGACGCGUCAAUUUACACACUCUUCCUCCAGACGUACAUGCGUCCGCCAUCGGCCAAGACAUCGCCAUAUCGCAUGAGCAACCACGCGCUCUCGUCAAUUGGGCUUGCGUUUGUGGCCAAGUUUAUGCUGCGCCAUGCGGCCACGAUCGACGUCGCGACGGCGCUGGAGCUAUUGCCUCCCGGCACCGAGGCCGCUGCACUCAGCGCGUACCUCCAGCGCGUGCUCGAGCUCAAGGUCGAGGCACGCCGCACGGCGCAGGUGCAGACGCAGCUCCUCAAGAUCGAGAACCUCCACGUGCGAUCGCAGCUCCACGCCGCGCAGCAAGAGUCGGUCGACAUUUCUGCCCAGUCGACGUGCGCGGUCUGCAGCCGCAAGCUUGAGCGCGGCGCCUUCCUCUACGACAAGGACGAAGGCACGCUCCUCCACUAUGCCUGCCAGCCGUCGCUGCCCUAA